AUGUUGCUGUUGAUCAGUUUCUCUAUAAUAGAGAUGUUUUUAAAUGCCUAUAAGCUGUUUGAAACCAACAGACAGAAGAAUGACAAUCAUAUAUUUGCAAAAUCAUUCUUGACAAAUAAUAUUGGGACCCUGAAUGACAAUGUGAAUCAAAAAUAUAGAGCCUUGUUAACAUUAAGAAUAUUGACUUGGAGCAUAUUUAUGAUAAACAAGAUAUCUGAUGUUGAUGGAGACAAUAGGAAUAACAGGGAUAAUAGAGCUGAUAGAAACAACAGAGAUAACAGAGAUAAUAAAGAUAAUAAAGAUAAUAAAAAGAGCAGUUCUCAUGUUCUUGAGAAUACAGAUCAGACUGUACAGCAAGAUUAA